AUGUCUUCCCCUCUGCCUCUUCUGCCCGCGCCUGCCAACGACAUCAUCUCCACCAUGCCUGGAGAGGUCGUUGGCAUCAUCCUUGACCAUAUUCCCGAGUUGAAAACCCUGGCGAAGCUAAACGCCGCCAGCAGAAGAUGGCGUAGUUAUACUACGUCAAGGCUCUACCGGACCGUCUCGGUCCAAGUCCUCGGUCCCAAUGAUUGGGGCGAAUUUCAACUUCUCCUGCGGCCGCAUAUACACAACCUCGGGUUUCAGUCUCUUGGAACUGAUUACCGCCAUACGUGGCAGCGUGCCUUCAAAAUCCCCGGAGGUGCCUUUCACGUGCAGAGGCUGUUUGUUAGCGGGAUAGCCAAGUUUGAGGACCCUCAGCGUAUCAGGUUGGCCAUAAGAUGGCUGGGGCAAGCGCUCGGCAACAUGCAUUCCUUAGAGGGAUUGCAUUGUGACCUGCUUACUGACCAAAUGGUAACGCAAAUCUUCCGCCUCGACAAGCUAAAGGAGGUGGGUCUCUGGAACGAUGAGAAACCCGACAGUCUGCAGGACUUGAGGCACCUGAGAGACCUGACAUAUCUGAGCCUCGGCGGGGAUAUGGCAUGUGGAGAUCACACAAUCCCCAUGAUGAUCCUAAGGUCGGCCAAGACUCUGAAGCGGCUGCAACUGCAGCCAUUCUUUGAGGGCCUGUGGGAGUAUUCCUGGAGGAGAAUGGUUCGUGAGCUCUCCUCUCGCGAAGACCAACUCCCCUUUCUCUCGGCGUUAAAGGAGCUCACGCUGAGCGCAGUUGAGUUUCAUCCAGACUUACUGAGUGUUCUCCCAAAGAUGGUUGACUUUGCCAGCCUGGACGAACUGAGUAUCAAGCACCUGGACGGUUCUCAGCGCCCCUUCCUCGACGUUGUUGUGAGAAGCCUACGUUCACCAAUCCGGCCAAGUCUAGGUGUCCAGCUGAGAAGCUUGUGUCUCGGGUGGUUGGGGUUCGCUAUGACCACUGACGGACCGAACGUGAUGUCCACUACCGACAUGACACGCCUCAUCGCAUGCUUUGACACUCUGACCCGGCUAGAGGUCCAGAACUACAACCAGUUUGCCAAUCCUCCCGGCUACAAUAUGCUCAAGUUCUAUCCUGCAUUGAUCGAAGCCGUCAUCCAGCAUAAGAAUCUCAAGGUCUUGAAGUUCACCCACACUGAGUGGGAGCCCAGCCUCAGAGAGAUAGCUCGCGAGGUCAAGUUUCCCAAGCUUUCAGAGAGCGAGGUCAAAAUAUUCAUCGACAACCUACAAGGUCUGGAGGAAUUCCACUUUGCGCCCGAUGUGAAGAGAGCCUGGAGAGUCGGAGCCACCCUAGCAGCCGCACCCAACCUACGAUACGUAGGUUGCGAUGGAUUCGAGCUCUGGAUGAAGUGGGAGCCCGAGUGGAGCCCUCGUUCCGACCCUUAUAUCUUGCUCGGCCUCGCUCACGCUGUUUUCAAGAAACACGAGAAGUCCAGCAACGACGGAGACCAAGUCCCGUUCACGUGGGAAGAUCACACAAAGAUCUGCAGCAUGACCAUCGACGGCAUCCGCAUCCACAUAGCGUCUUCCCCCAGGAGAGAUUUCUUGCCGGUGCCUUGGGAGGUCAUCCGCCGUAGAAAGGCGUACCAAGUCCAGUACCUGAAGAAGGCCCCUGCCAUCAAGCCCAAGUCGGAGCCCAUCUUCCGCCAAGAUAUGAGUGGUUUGCAAAUCCAAGAUUGCUAG